CGUCUGGCCAACAUGGAGAAAGCGCUAGUUCUAUUUUUCGGUUUAUUAGUUUUCACGAGCUGCGAUACGAUAAAUAAUGAUGUAGUGCAGGAAGAUGAAUGCGAUUUGCCCUCGGAGUUGAUCCAAGAAAUCGCGUCUUACCAGCCUACGGUAAAUAGAAUAAUCGACUCUGUGACCAAAGGUAAGCAUAGAGGGCAACCCUACAAGUUGCUGGAGGACUUCAUUGAUAAAUUCGGGGCGAGGCAAGCCGGCACCAAGAACUUGGAGGACUCCAUUGACUAUGUGUUCGAUUUGAUGAGAAAGUACAAUUUGGAAAAUGUUCAUGGUGAAAAUGUUACAGUACCGCAUUGGAUUAGAGGACACGAAUCCGCCGAAAUGCUGCAACCAAGGAAAGCCAAAAUCGCAGUUUUGGGUUUAGGAGGUACUAUUUCAACUCCACCUGAAGGAAUCGAAGCUGAGGUAUUAGUUGUACGAUCAUUUGACGAGCUGAACCAACCAAAUGUAUCAGCCGCUGCUAAAGGAAAAAUCAUUGUAUUCAACAACGAUUACAUAACAUACGGAAAAUCCGUCGUCUACAGAAGUCAAGGCGCCGUGAAAGCUUCCCAGCAUGGUGCUGUAGCAGCUUUAGUGAGAUCGGUAACCCCAUUUUCUAUGUACACCCCCCACACAGGCCACCAGUCCUAUCGCGACGAUGUUAAGAAGAUCCCUGUAGCCUCCAUUACUGUAGAAGAUGCCAAAAUGCUCCAAAGAUACCAAGAUAAAGGAAUUAAAGCAGUCAUCAAGCUCCAUCUACAAUCCGAGCAUUAUCCAGACGCCACAUCCAGAAAUGCGGUGGGCGAAAUCGUUGGAUCCCAAAAACCGGAGAAAGUUGUAAUCGUUUCCGGACACAUUGAUAGCUGGGAUGUGGGAGUGGGCGCCAUGGAUGACGGAGGCGGUGCUUUUAUUUCUUGGUAUUCUUUAGCAUUGCUUAAAUCGCUCUCCUUACAAGCUAAGAGGACUUUAAGAGUUGUUUUGUGGACAGCCGAAGAACCUGGAUUCAAAGGAGUCCAUCAAUAUGAAAAAGACCACAAAAAUGAAUUAGAUAAUUUCACAUUUGUAAUGGAAUCAGAUGAAGGUGUUUUCACACCACUGGGAAUCGAGUACACAGCUGGAGUAAGAGGAGGAUGCGUGUUAAAACAAAUUGUAAAGUUACUAGAACCAAUCAAUGCAACUAGCACCAAAUACUAUGAUUCCGUGGGUUCCGAUAUCGCCAUAUGGGCUCGUAAAAUUCCCACUGCAAGCCUUUACAACACGAACGAAAACUAUUUCUGGUGGCAUCACUCUGACGCCGAUAGAUUGGAGGUUCUCGAUCCGGACAAUUUGGACAAAGCUACUGCUGUUUGGGCUGCUGUAUCGUUCAUCAUAGCCGAUUUAAAGGACGAAUUCCCCCGAGAAUUUAACGAUAUUUCAACAUUAUCGAAUUCAAAAAUAAUUGAAACACUCAAUACUCUCAAGCAGAAGCCUACCAGAUGA